AUGCCCAGCAGGCCCGGCAGCAGCCAGGAUCCACAUGGAUCAGACACUACUCGAACUUCCAAUGACAAACACCCCUCCGAGUUCCUCGAAUUUGUUGACCUCUCGAGAGGCAUCCAUGGCGGCCGAGUCCAGCCUCUCAAGCCUCACGCUGGACAAGAAUCGGACACACCACACAACAUAACCCGAUCCAACGAUGACCUCUUCAGUGGCCUCUCGCAGGCCAUCCCGGACUUGCGCCGCCUCUCUGUUGAGGCACGAGCCGCCACAAAGGCCGAGCACAGCAUGGGCUUCGUCACUGGCUGUCGCACAUAUCCCAAAGCCAUCAUGUGGUCCGCAAUACUGAGCUUGACCAUUGUCAUGGAGGGCUUCGACCUGACACUCAUUAAUUCCUUCUUUGCCUUUCCCGUCUUCCGUCGAAAUUAUGGGCAAGCACACACUCUUGAGAACGGUGAGACGUCGUAUCAGAUAACUCCCGCGUGGCAGUCAGGUCUCACUAAUGCUGCGGUUGCUGGCGAAAUCCUUGGUCUGAUGAUGAAUGGGUACCUCACGGACCGCUUUGGCUACCACCGCACAAUGAUCUUCACUCUCGUCUGGAUGUCGGCCUUUGUCUUUCUCGCCUUUUUUGCUGUCAAUAUUCAGAUGCUGCUCGCCGCUCAGGUACUCUGUGGCUUGCCGUGGGGAGUUUUCCAAACUCUUUCCACAACAUAUGCGGCAGAGGUCAUGCCCGUUGUGCUGAGAUCAUACCUCACCUCAAACGUCAACCUCUGCUGGCUGAUCGGUCAGAUGUUGGGAUCUGGCAUCGUUCGAGCCAUGAUACACAACACCUCGGAAUGGUCGUACCGCAUUCCUUUCGCUCUCCAAUGGGCUUUGGCCAUUCCGGUCCUGGUGGGCGUCAGCUUCGCACCUGAGAGCCCCUGGUGGCUAAUCCGCCACGGCAAGCACGACCUCGCCAAAAAGGCUCUCGAGCGCCUCACGCAGAAGCACUCCGGGUUCAAUGCUGACGAAACGAUCUCCAUGAUGAUCCACACUAAUGAGGUGGAACGCUAUUUCAAUGGCGGCGGCGUCUCGUAUCUCGACUGCUUCAAAUCUACUACAGACCGCCGCCGCACCGAAAUCGCUUGCAUGGUCUGGAUAACGCAGGCCAUGUGCGGCGCCGCAUUGACCGGGUAUGCCGCGUACUACCUAGAAUCGGCUGGCUUCUCGACUGCCAACUCGUUCAACCUCACGCUGGGCAUGUACGGCGUCGCCAUCACGGGGCAUGUCAUGUCGUGGUUCUGGAUGCGCCGCGUGGGUCGCCGUACGCUGUACAUGAUCGGUCUGGUGCUGAGCUUCGUUAUUCUCAUGGCCGCGGGUAUUGUAGGCACGAUUCGCGAAAGCGAUGGAACUUCUUGGGCGCUGGGAUCGCUGAUAAUUGUGCUGACCGGGGUUUAUGAUGCCACGAUCGGCCCGGUCUGCUACGUCCUCGUGGCGGAGAUUCCGAGCUCGCGCCUACGUGUCAAGACAGUCGUGCUCGCACGCGUCGCAUACAAUGUUUUCUCACUCCUCACGAACAUCGUCACACCCCGAAUGCUCAACCCCACCGCCUGGGACUGGUCCGGCAAAUCCUGCUACCUGUACGCCGGCACCACGUUCCUGUGUCUGCUGUGGUGCUGGUUCCGUCUCCCUGAACCCUUUGGCCUGACAUACCUGGAGCUGGAUAUUCUGUUUGAGAAGAAGGCCAAGGCGCGCAAGUUCAAAGAUUUCCAAGUCAAUCUAGCAAAUUCGGGCUACUUUAGCUUGACUAGUGCGAGGGCGCCGUCGUCCGCUGGGGACGGUGAUAGUAGGCCGGUCAGUCGAGCGGGAAGUCGCGCUGAUUGGAUUGGGCCGCGGUAG